AGCACCGCCCCUUCCCUCCCUCACGCCGCCCCUUCCCUCCGCCGCGGCCUGGUGCCGCCGGAGCCCUUCGGAGCCCUCCGGAGCCCUCCCGGCGGCCCGAGGCUGGCGGCCGGCCCGGCGGCGGGCGGCGGCGGGAUGCGCUCCGUCAGCUACGUGCAGCGCGUGGCGCUCGACUUCGGCGGCAGCCUCUUCCCGCACGCCAUCUGCCUGGGGGACGCCGACAACGACACGCUGAAUGAGCUGGUGGUGGGAGACACCAAUGGGAAGCUCUAUGUGUACAAGAAUGAUGACAGCAAACCAUGGACUAUGCGAUCCUGCCAAGGAAUGCUCACAUGCGUUGGUGUGGGAGAUGUAUGCAAUAAAGGAAAGAAUCUUGUAGUGGCAGUGAGUGCAGAAGGCUGGUUUCAUCUUUUUGACUUGACUUCUCCACCUUCAAAACACCCCGAUGCUUCUGGCCACCAUGAGUUGGCAGAAGAGCAGAAGCCAGUGUUCAAGCAGCACAUUCCUGCCAACACCAAGGUCAUGCUGAUCAGUGACAUUGAUGGAGAUGGGAAGUGUGAGCUGGUGGUUGGUUACACUGACAGGGUGGUGCGUGCUUUCCGUUGGGAGGACCUGUCAGAGAAUUCAGACCAUGUCUCUGGGCAGCUGAUCCUGCUGAAGAAAUGGCUGCUAGAAGGUCAGGUGGAUAGCCUUUCCGUGAACCCAGGCCCUGAUGGCUUACCGGAGAUGAUGGUGUCCCAGCCGGGCUGCGGCUAUGCCAUUCUGCUGUGCACCUGGAAUUCCGAGCAGCAGCCUGCAGCUGAGGGGCGGGAGAGCUCUGCCUCCAGCAGGGAAGCCCCUGUUCGAGAUGUUAUUCUCCACCAAACAUCUGGCCGAAUCCACAACAAGAAUGUUUCUACUCAUCUGAUCGGUAGCAUUGGCCGAGGCUGCUCCAGUGAGAAUAGUGGCUCGGGUCUUUUUGCCCUUUGUACUCUGGAUGGGACACUGAAACUCAUGGAAGGGGCAGACAAGCUGCUCUGGUCCGUGCAGGUUGAUCACCAGCUGUUUGCUCUGGAAAAGCUGGAUGUUACUGGCAAUGGUCACGAGGAGGUGAUUGCGUGUGCAUGGGAUGGUCAGACGUACAUCAUUGACCACAAUCGAACUGUUGCCAGAUUUCAAGCAGAUGAGAAUGUCAGUGCAUUCUGUGCAGGCCUCUAUGCAUGCAAAGGAGGAUGCAACAGCCCCUGCCUGGUUUAUGUCAGCUUCAAUCAGAAGAUCUACAUCUACUGGGAUGUGCAGCUGGAGAGAAUGGAGUCCACCAACCUGUUAAAAAUCCUGGAGGAUGACCCAGAGUUUGGCAGUCUUCUGCAGGAGCUAGGUGUUGAUAAAGAUGAUGUUUCUGCAGUGAAAGAUCUGAUUCACAAAACACUGUAUUUUCCUGAGAACCAUCAGCGUAACAGCCCCUCACAGUGUCAGGACCCUGCUGGAACAGACUCCUCUGCCUACCACACUGCCCUCCUGGAUUCCUUAUAACAAGUCACAUAGAGAUUAACAUCUUCCAUCCCAACACAAACUCUUCUCUGACUGGAAUCGAACGCUCACACCUCAUGAAGAUUAGACUGUUCUUUUUCCCUCUGUCAAGGCCUCCACUCAGCAAAGGGUGUACAGGCCAGGUUCGAUGGAGGGAAGUGCUUGGCUGUAGGCUUAAGUGAUGGUGGCAAGUUAAUUUGACUUUAGCUGAGAAAGCUACCAGGACAGCAGGAAUCUAGUUGUUCUGUGUUGCUCAUUGGCCUUCUGUAGUCCAUGUUCUCUGCUAAUGAAAGUCCAUUAUGGGGGCCUGUGGAGGAGUACCAAGGACAUUGAUAGGAGAAAAUAGCCAAGCUCAGUCUUGGUUUUGGCUUAUUCUCACAACUGCUUUAGUGAUUACUUCUUAGUUC